GCUAGGGAGUCUGAUCGUGGUGUAACCUCAUUGUAACCUCUCUGUAGUGGUGCCGAUAAAAUACAACAACAGGACGAUUGUUCAAAUCGAGUAUCCUGAUCUUCUCGAAUAAGGAUAAAAGCUGGGACCCGGGAAUGGGGAAGUUGAGAAAACGCUUGCUGCCCCAGUCGGUGUCAGACGGUGUUUCUGUAUUUAUAUUAACGUCGCUCAUUCAGAUUCUGUACUGGUUCGAGGUGUUUAUGGUCCUGCCGAAACACUACGAAGACAAUAUCUACAUCUACGCCUUUCACUGCGUCCUGUCGACGUGGUUUCUGUUUAACGUGAUGGGCAACUACGUGUUCUUGUACUUGACCGACACGAGCAUCCAAGGGAAAAUGUUAUCUUCGGACUUUCGCCCUUACUGGAAGUACUGCGAAGUGUGUGAAACGCUGACGCCCCCGAGAUCAUGGCAUUGUCAUAUUUGCAAAACGUGCAUCCUGAAAAGGGAUCAUCACUGCAAUUUCGCCGCGUGCUGCGUGGGCCACCUCAACCACCGAUACUUCUUGCUAUUUCUGUUUUACCUCUCAGUGGCCGGCCUGUACUGCGCCUACUAUAACGCCAUAUUCCUGUGGAACACCACUUCUUUCGCCUGGUCCGGCAUAAUGAAGGUGGUUUUCCCACUCGCUAUAUUCUUCUCUGGCUCAGACAUGUCUCUCAUGCAAAUAUAUCGAGUGCUCUGCGUCACAACCAUCCUCGGCAUGAUUUUCGUCAUAGCCAUUUCGAUGUACUACGUCCAGAGUGCUACGAAGGGCCUCGUCGUGUACGAAAGGGCCAAUGGUAUCAAAGACUAUCAGCUCGGUUCGGUCAGAGAAAACGUGAUACAAGCCCUCGGUGAACGGUGGUACCUUGUUUGGAUUUCACCUUUCAUAUACUCUCGACUCCCCAAUGACGGUAUCGACUGGAAACCGGUCAAAAUGAUCUCGAAUAAAAGCAAAUAAACGUUUUGCUGCUCUAAAACUAAACUUUUUUCUUUGUGUGAUAUGAGAUAUCUAAUCGCCUCUUAUUGGCCUAUCGUCCAAUUUAUACGCUUGAGAGUGACAUGGUUGUUGCAGAGAGCACAGACGGGGCCAAACAUUUACAGUUUUUUGUGAUAUUUAUCUUACAUUCCUUUGUGAUAUUGAAAGCCAUCGGACCUCGAGAUCGAACUUCGAUGCGCCUUCGAACAAAUUUAUGUCUAAGUCAUUCGCUUCUUCACAUCACCGAAAUUUAUAAAAGAGGUAUUAAUUAGUCUAAUCCCUCUUCGACUGGCUGGUGAGCCCAGCAUGAUUUUACCCUGUGUAGAGAUAGUUUUAAAAUAUUUUACAUGUUCCACAAUUGAUUCACUAGCCAAAAACAAUCAGAGAGUGUUAGUAUUAUUUGAAACCAGUAAGUUUAUUUUAAGAAAAAUAUUUAAAUUUGUAAAAGCACUUGGAAAAGGCCGCAUUUCAUUUAUCUUUCAAAAUAAAUAUUUUUUGAUCAAUUUAAAGUUGAAAGAGUUUAAGUGGUAUACAAUAUAGAAUUUCUUUGUAAUGCUAUACAUUUUUAAAACCACUGCAUUGUAGUAAUUGUUUUAUUUUACAUGUCAAGUUCUCAAAUAUUUAUUGGCUAUAAAAUGUCAAAAGCAGAAGCCGUUAAUAAAUGCUUGACUACGCUGUUUUAAAACAAAUUGCUCAAUAAUAAACCGAGGGUUGUGUCAAUGUUUUUCUUUAAAAG